CAGUUUUGGAGGCCCUGUAGGUGAUACACAUGCAGAGGGGAGAGGAGACACUCGCUGUUGAAGUCAUCUGUGCUGCGGAGGACCACUUGCCUUGUGACAUUUGGCACCACUAAUUGCCUCUCUGAUUAAUUAGACUACCUGUGAUGGUGCAAAUUGUAGCAGGGAGAUACCCUGCUGUGCUGUGAACUCCUGCUGCCUUCCAUCUCUUUUUGUGUCCUGAAUCAACGUUCACCAUGGCACCGGAUAGAGACGCCUGUUGGACACGAUGAAAGCCGACAAGGAGAAGAGAAGGAUGAUCAGCCGCGACGCAGCCAGAAGGAGACGACGGGUGGAGUCUGAGGUGUUUGCCGAAUUGUCUCGCCUCCUGCCGCUCCAACAGUCUGUCCAAGAUCACCUGGACAAGCCCUCAGUCAUUCGCCUCACCCUCAGCUACAUACGCAUGCACACACUGCUCAAAGGGAUUACUGGGAAAAAAGCAGAGGCCAGUCACGCAGUAAAAUGUGAACAAGUAAUGGAAAGUGGAGAGGAAUGGCGAGGGUGUGACAGAGGACGUGACGAUGAGGAGAAAAAAACUGAUGAUGUGGAGGCCUCGGAGGAGACAAACAUGUUCCUGAGGAUCCUGGAGGGAUUUCUGAUAGUCCUGUCCACUGAGGGAGACAUGAUCUACCUGUCUGACAACGUCAGCAAGUACAUGGGCUUGACACAGACUGAGCUGAUGGGACACAAUAUUUUUGAGUUUACUCACCCUUGUGACCACGAAGAAAUCAGAAAUAACCUACGUCUAACAGCAGAAGAAGUUUGGUGCGGUGCAAAGAGGGACUUUGUCAUGAGGAUAAAAGGUGCUCUGACACACAGAGGAAGAAGCUCUAACCUCAAGUCAGCUACGUGGAAGGUUCUCCACUGUCAGGGCCGAGCAAAGGUGUGUGUCGCCCCAUCUUCAGUUUCCUGCCUGCUGCUGACCUGCCAGCCUCUGCCCCUCUCACACACACUUCUCAGCACACACACCUUUACAAGCCAGCAUAGCAUGGACAUGAGGUUCACUUACUGUGACCAGAGAAUUACUCUGCUUUUAGGUUACAGUACCGAGGAGCUGCUGGGCCGUUCCAUCUAUGAUCUCUGUCAUACACUGGACACAAACUGUUUGACCAAAAACCAUCUCAACUUGUGUUUAAAGAGUCAGUCAGUCAGUGGUCAGUACAGGAUGCUGGUGAGAGGUGGAGGUUACGUCUGGGUGGAGAGUCACAGUGCCGUCAUCCCCAGCGUCCGACCCUCCAAGUCCAGGCCUGGCGCCCACCAGCCACUCUGCAUCCUCUGUGUUACCUAUGUCCUCAGUGGAGUGGAGGAGCCGUCCCUGCAGCUCUCUUUGGACCAGACUGUCCACAGAUAUUUGAGAUGAAACUUGAGUCUGGAGAACAGUCUGCAAAACCCUCAUCCUCAAAGAAACAACAA